GGAGGAGAGGGGCGGAGCUACGCGGACCGAAGCAGCGACGGAAACAAGGAGACAAACCGAACCAAACCAAACCAAACCAAAGGACAUACAGAUAUCAGCUUCGGCACAGCGGACUGGUUCGUGGGUCGAUGUUUGUACGGGUCCAACUCAAAGAAGAACAAUGAGGCUCAGGUCUCAGAGAACCGUGGACGCUUCAUCCACAUCCUGCUCGGAGACGCCGCGGAGCCUCCGACGGCUCAGCAAAGCGACGCCGAGGAGGACGGGCUCCUCCGGGACCGAGAGCCCUCUCCAGCCCGAGGACAAAGGGAUCUUGGCUAAUGACUCCCACCACUCAGAUGACGAAAUUCCAACAAUGACGAGGCGACCACUGCCCCGUGGCCGGGCAAGGAAGAGAGCCAUCGCUGUUGAUGACAGAGAAACUGAUUUGGCAUUCAAGACUCCGAUCAGGCCCAUCCUGCGUCAUGAGCGCAUCCUCUCAGAGAUCGACCCAGUGUCUCCUCGCAAUACAACAGCCCGAAACAUCUACUCGCCCAUCGUGCGUUUCCUCACGCCCACCAAAGAGAAUGUGAAGCGUGCUGGAGACAAAGUGUUGAUGAGCCCAGAACAAGGCGUGUUUGGUUUUGGCUCCAUUGACCUUCUGGCUGGAGAAGAGGAGGAUGAUAUCUUCAAUCCCUUCACGUUCAUCAAGAACAUACCGUCGCAUUCUCAGCAUUCCCAACCCCAACUCAGAGAUAUUCCACCCAAGACCAGGAGCACACCAGAGGCCACGCUGGUGGUCGACCUGGAGGAGACCCUAAUGUUCAGCUCCCUGAAUGUGAUCGAGGAAGCAGAGUACACGUUCCACACAGCUUUCCAGGACCAUCAGUACAAGGUGUACAUGAUCCUACGGCCACAUGUCAAAGAGUUUCUACAGUCCAUGGCCAAAAUCUAUGAGCUGUUUGUUUACACAUGUGCAAAGAAGGAAUAUGCUGAGAAGAUACUGGACAUCCUGGACCCCCAGAGAAAACUGUUUCGACACCGCCUGUAUCAGGACGACUGUUCCUGCAUUCUCGGCCACUACAUCAAAGAUCUCAGCAUUCUCGGGAGGGAUCUCGCCAAGACGGUUGUUCUGGACAACGCACCCCACACAUACCCGUACCAUCUGAUGAACACCAUUCCCAUCAAGAGCUGGUCCGGAGUGUCGGAGGACAGAGAACUCCAGAAGCUCGUCCCCUACAUGGAGAAGCUGUCUGCAGCGGAGGAUUUUCGAGAGUCGCUGAAGAAGAGGAAGGAUCACUUCCACAGGCUGCUGUCGGAGGACUAAAAGGACUCACCCCCACCCACCCACCCCCUCACUUUAACUACUUUGUGACUUUCACAGCUCAUGUUUUGCUUUCUUUAUGCUUUGGCCAAAAGCAAAAUCCAGUAAGAACUAGCUAACCUCGGUGGCGACCUUCUCUCCCUCCUUUCUGCUCCCUGAUGACUUCAAAAGACGGCACAUCGGUAUUUCAAACAUGCUGCUGGUCGUUCGUCACCAAACCUUUGUUUCUCCGAAACUCAUUCAACAGGGCAAUAAACUGCUGCCCAGUGUUUGUGUAUAUUUACAAGAAAGAAAAUUGAAAUCUAAUGUUUAUAGUCAUGAUCUUUUUAAUUUAUUGAUUAUAUUGCUAAUCAUCUGCUGUUAUCUCUGUAUAUUUUAGAAAUGCUUUUUUUGUAUGCAAUGAAAUCCCCGAUAAUAAAUCGGAAAAUAAAGUCAUAUUG